AUGUUGAACGCAGUAUUAAUUAAAAGUUUAUUAAAAUCUAAUAAUAUAACAAAUGCAGUUUUAAAACCUGUCAGAUAUUUUUGUACCGAAUCGAAUUACGAUAAGUUAGUUAAAAAUAAUAAAGUUGUAGUUUUUAUGAAAGGUGUACCAAGUUCUCCCAGCUGUGGAUUCAGUAAUGCUGUUGUACAAAUUCUUAGAAUGCACGGAGUUACAUAUGAUUCUCAUAAUGUUUUAGAAAGUGAAGAAUUGAGGGAAGGCAUGAAAAAAUUUUCAUCAUGGCCAACAUUUCCUCAAGUUUACAUUAAUGGAGAAUUUGUAGGUGGAUGCGAUAUUAUUUUACAAAUGCAUCAAAAUGGUGAAUUGAUUGAUGAAUUGAAAAAAGUCGGAAUAACAUCAGCAUUACUCGAAAAAGCUGUCAACGAUAAAACAAAUAAAAAUGUUAGUAAAUAA